CCAGGGUAAGAAAUAGAUAUCGAUACUUGACGAGGAGAUGCCUCAGCUACUUUUAGUUGAGAAAUCUUGCGUGACUUUGCCAUUUGAGAGAUAAAAGGUUGGAGGUAUUAUUCCUGAUAAAAAUUUCAAUGGUAGCAAGCUGGAUUCGUUGAAAAGUUUGGACUUCAUCUAAAAUGUCCAGUCAUGCGUCACAGAUCGUAGCCAUGUGCGAGCCAACCGACUAAACUAUUUCCUUCCUCGUACUAGUACCUACAUUCAGCUGAACAUAACCCCGCCUUGAAGAUAUGCAUAGACACGCACCGUCAAGUGAGAGGAUCACAUAUUUGUACGGUUUAUUUCAACAUGAGUUCUCCCUUCUCUCUGGUUCAACCUUUUGUCUGUAAGUGAGAACGAGGUCCGUGUGAUGAAGACAAUGGUGUUGAACAACUUUUUGUUUCUUCUUUUUCAGCUGUUUUGUACAGUAUCUGCACAGGAAAUUGAGGAUUGCAAUUGCAGAGCAGUGCUUGGAGACCCAUCAUGGCCAUCUGGGAUAGAGUGGAAUAAACUUAACAAUACGGUUGAUGGUAGAUUGGUAGCUACGAUACCCAUCGCGGGCCCAUGUCAUGAUCCCAAUUACAACGAAACUGAAUGCGCAUAUCUACAAGCUACCUGGGCCAACCCAAGUUUGCAGUAAGUCAUUUAAAAUACCGCCGACGUCAGUAUCAAUAGACUUAUGUUGAUUUAGUUUUAAUUCAUCUUCUUCGUUGAUAGCUCCAUACUUUGCUAUCCUCGGAAAUCAGAGCUGUGAUCCUUAUUCUUCCGAAUCUAGCCCUUGCCGCUUGGGAAACUUGGUCAAUUAUGCUGUUAACGUAUCGAAAGCUGAAGACGUCAUUGCUGCCAUUCACUUUGCAAAGAGUCAUAAUAUUCGAUUUGUAAUCCGAAAUACUGGUCAUGAGUAAGUGUCCAACUCAAUGGAACCCCGAUGUAAAUUUCGCUAAUCUGUACAAGCUAUCUGGGGAAGUCGACCGGUUCAAGUGCAUUGGCCGUUUGGACACACAACCUAAAGAGUAUCUCGUUCUCUGACUGGUCAUCUGAAUAUUACACUGGCAAAGCAAUGACAAUUGGUGCUGGCGUUCAAGGCUUUGAAGCUCUAGAGGCUGCUCACGAGGCAGGCUUCGUGACAGUAGGUGGUGAAUGUCCCACAGUUGGAAUCGCCGGGGGUUACACUCAAGGAGGUGGUCAUUCCGCCCUCGCCAGUAAUUUUGGUAUGGGUGCUGAUCAGACGCUUUCCUGGGAAGUUGUGACGGCUGGUGGAAAAUUAGUCACUGCUUCAAGAACCGAGAACACGGAUCUAUAUUGGGCUUUGAGCGGUGGUGGAGGAGGUACCUAUGGAGUUGUCAUGUCUCUUACCGUUCGGGUAUAUCCUGAUACAGUCGUUAGCGGUGCAUCUCUGGAAUUUUCAGCAGCCGCUGGUAAUUCCAGUAUCGAAACAUUCUGGGCGGGAGUCGAAGCCUUUCAUUCCUGCCUUCCUGCCAUGGUCGAUGCAGGAACUAUGGUUGGCUAUGGUAUUUCCUCUACUGCUUUCCGCAUAAUUGGUAUGACAGCAUAUAAUAAGACUCGAUCUGAUGUACGGGAUAUAAUGACCAAUUUCACCAAUGCACUCACGGCUUUCGGCAUUAACUAUACAGUGUCAUAUACAGAGUACCCGACAUAUCUUGAACACUACAACAACUAUCUUGGCCCUCUUCCAUAUGGUCCUUGGGGUGGGCCAGGGAUAAAUACUGGUGGAGGCCGAUUGAUACCAAGAAGUGUCAUUCAGGAAAACAAUAAGAUCUAUGUCGCUACCAUCCGUAAUAUUACCAAUUAUGGUAUACCCUACACAGGUGUCGCCUUGAAUGUUUCGUCUCCUCAGAUUAUCUCCACUGUGGAGAAUUCCCUUCUCCCGGCUUGGCGCGAUGCUCUUAUCCAUGUGAUCAUGUCCACCCCUUGGAAUUAUUCCGCGCCAAUAUCAGAAAUGGUAGCUGCACAGUAUUUCAUGGUAAAUAAGAUUAUCCCUCAACUCGAAGCGCUUACCCCUGGUGGAGGAGCUUAUCUGAAUGAAGAUAAUUUCAGACAGAGAAAUUGGCAGGAAACGUUUUACGGGAAGAAUUAUGGCACCUUAUUGGGCAUUAAAAGUAAAUGGGAUCCAGAUCAUCUCUUUUACGCAACAACUGCUGUGGGUAGUGAGGAGUGGGAUGUAGCAGCCGAUGGGAGGAUGUGCCGAACCGGUAACAAAGCUACUUCGAACUCAACAUCCAUAUGAGUAUCUACUCAAUGUUUUUUAUCCAAGUAGUAACAUAACAAACGUUUACUGGCAAUCUUAGAACUAACAAAUCUGUGUCCAUCUUAAAUUCCAGAAAUAUGUUUCUCUACAAAACCGAUAGUUAACCUUACACCACUAGUAAGAAUGGUUAGAUACAUCAUCAUCCUUUGUAUGUAUGGAUAUAAUUAAUCAUUAGCUUUACCACAAAUCCGUGUCGAAUAUCGCAUUAUUCCCGAGUCAGGUUCUCAUGGCCAUAAUUACCAGAGCAUCCGUCGACAAAACGCCUAUAAUAUUCAGACACGUCGAGAAAACUACGCUAGAAAUCUCCUUAAAACUCUCUUUACCACUCUGCGAACCCACAGUUCAAUCUCUGGGUCAACGCUUUUCCAUCUUCGGUCUUCACACUUCUCUUCUCCCACAAAUCACUCAUAGUCUUGACUACAUCAACGUAUGGACCUUUUUUCUCCCGAACUUUCAGCAGUUUCACGGAAGUCCAGAGAGAUUCUAGCA